UUAUUGACAGAGCCCACAGUUAGUCCAUAAAAAACAGUAAUGAUCAAGAUGGGAAAGGCGAUUUAUUUGUGCAUCACAGUAGCUGCACUCUGCUUUGCUGUCCAUACUAAAAACCAUAAGGGUCAUCAUAGUGAUGAUAUUCAUUCUCAUGGCAAAGGACAUCACCAAGCUUAUGGUCAUCACAAAGGUCAUGGACAUCACCGUGGUCACAGGCACCACCAUAAUUACAGUUUAGAGGUACAAUCUGCGAAUGCUGAAUUUGCUUUCAGUUUGUAUAAACACAUUGCUGCACAGACAGUUUCAAAAUCUAAAACCCUCAUCUUCUCUCCCCUGAGCAUCUCCACUGCCCUUGCCAUGCUGUCAUUGGGUGCAAUGGGCAAGACGCAUGAUGAGCUGUUUCAAGGUCUCGGUUUCAAUAAAACUGACACCACUGAAGCAGAAGUGAAUGAAGCCUUUGAACAAAUCCUCCAAAGUCUCAAUCAGAAGAAAGAACUGGACGUGUCUGUUCGAAAUGCAGUGUUCAUCUGUGAGAAUUUCAAACCUCUUUCAAAAUUUCUGGAGGACAUUUAACACUAUUUCCACUCAGAAGGUUUCACUAUUGACUUCACCAACACCACUGCAGUGCUGCAUUUGAUAAACAAGUAUGUUGAGGACAAAACUCAUGGCAUAGUCCCCAAUUUUUUAGAUGACUUGGAUACAAACAUAAUGAUGUUCCUUGUCAGCUACAUAUAUUUCAGAGGAAAAUGGGAAAUUCCCUUUGAUCCAAGGGACACACGUGAAGAUGUCUUCCAUGUAGAUGAUAAGACAACUGUUCCAGUUCAGAUGAUGUAUAACGAUGACUCAUUUGAUUUCAGGAUGUCCUUCAAAGCUGAGCCAGGUCUGCAGCCAGACAAACAAUGUCUUAGAGUAAACCCUACUUUAUUCUGCUAA